AUGCAUUACACUACCAUCCUUAGCACUAUCCUUUCUCUGGCUGUUGCCACCAGCGCCAAUGCUGCAGCACUCAACCCCCGCGCCACGCGCAAGGCCAACGAGUUCGUUAGCGACAACUGUGCUCAAGGAACCGCCUCUUACGAACACAACAGCGGCUUCAUUAACGAUGUCACCAUGGAUGACACUAGUAACUCUGUUUACUUCGCUGCGGGUCCGUGGUUCUACUAUGAUGGCAAGACUGAGAAUGGUGGUUCUUGCACAGGAAACCUUUUGGGAUCUUGGGCUAAUGAUAAUGAUCACCCUUGUGUUAAUUUGAACCAACGAGGUGGUGAUUCUCGUCGCAUCAGAUGUGUCCGAUGGAACAACGGUAUCUAG